AUGUCUAGGAUAGAGAAACUCUCAAUUCUUGGUGUGCGUUCCUUCGGGCCGCAGCACCAAGAGACCAUCGCCUUUAACACACCCCUGACCUUGAUUGUCGGAUACAAUGGCUCAGGCAAGACGACCAUUAUCGAAUGCCUCAAGUAUGCCACCACCGGCGAGCUUCCCCCGAACAGCAAGGGCGGCGCCUUUAUCCACGACCCCACAUUGGCUGGCGAAAAGGAUGUUCGCGCCCAAGUCAAAGUAUCUUUCCGAUCGACCGUCGGCGAGUCAUACGUGGUGACACGCAAUGUCCAACUCAUGGUGAAAAAGAGCACGAGAUCGCAGAAAACACUGGAAGGGAGCCUGCUGUUGCGGAACAAUGGAGAGCGGCACGUUAUUUCCACACGGGUCAUGGAACUUGACAAGCUCGUCCCUGAGAAGCUUGGUGUCUCGCCCGCUGUUCUAGACACUGUCAUCUUCUGCCACCAGGACGAGUCCUUAUGGCCCAUGAGCGAGCCCGCCGCUCUCAAGAAGCGGUUCGACGAAAUAUUCGAGGCUAUGAAGUACACGAAGGUUAUCGACAACUUGAAGAUUCUCCGCAAGAAAAAAGGCGAGGAACUGCGGGAGUUGAAGUUGCAGGAGAGCCAGGACAAGGCGAAUAAGGAGAGGGCGGACAAGGUCAACAAGCUCAUGGGCCAGCUGACGAGGGAGAUCGAAGAAGGCCGGGACAAGUACGACGAGCUCACGGAACAAAUGGCGGAAGAGGGCACCAAAAUCAAAUCAAAACACGAGCAGGCCAACAGCUUCCUGAGAAUUGUAAACGAUCUUCAGACCAAGACCGAGAAGCUGGAGUACAAGAAAGAGGCAGUCCAGGAACUACGCAGCCGCAUUGAAGAAUCAGCCGACACAGACCAAGUCCUGAAGAACGCCCUUGAUGAGUACGAACAGACAAUCGAGAGGACCGUUGCCGACCGCGACAGAAAAGCCACCCAGUUCCACGAACUCCAAGGGGAUCUCAAGUCCUCCCGGGAGCAACACACCGCCAAGGCAUCCGAGCAGGGGAAGCACCAGUCCGAUAAGGACAAAUACGAGCGCCAGCUCGUCACCCAGGACCGCAUGAUCCACGACGCGGCGACUCGCCACGAAAUCCGGGGUUACGACGGGGACCUAGACGACCGUAAGAUCGCCGCUUUCAAUGAACGUAUGCAAAAGACACUCAAUGACAAGAAACGCGAGUUGGAGCGCAUUCAGCGUGAUAACGCUGAAGAGCUCGACAAAAAGUCUGCUGUCAUCACGGAACGCGAGAGCCGGAAGGCAUCGCUGAUUCGGGACCGCGCAUCGGCAAAGCAACGCAUCGUCACAGUCGGCAAGGAAUCGGCUGCUAUCCAGAGCGAGCUGAGCAAAUUGGAUAUUGACGAGGGCGCCGAGGCCAUGCUCCGAACAGAAAUGAAGGAGCUUGAGGCUAGGAUCGAGACAGGGAAGGCCGAGGAACAAGCGGCGGACUUGGACGCCCAGAUCAAGAAGGUCAAUGAUGAUAUUUGGAACCUUGAGGCGCAGACCGCCAAGCUCGCCCGAGAGCUUGUCGAGUGCACAAGGCUCGCAUCUGAGCGGGCCCAGCUCGACCUACGAAAGAAACAGCUAGCCGAGCGGCGGCGAGAACUGGAAAUACUCAAGAAGACUUGGACCGAACAGCUUUCGGCGUUGGUUGGGAACGAUUGGCAGCCGGAAACCAUUGAAACUGAAUUCCAGGACGCAGUCAAACGCCAAAACACGAUUGUUACCGAGUGUAGGAAACAGAAAGAUGCGACACAGCAGGAGUUAAAACAGGUGGAGUACAGGCUCUCAAACGCACGGGAUCGGCAUAACAAGCUAUCCACGGAGAGAGAGAACUGCAAGCGCGCCGUCACGAAAGCCCUCCAGGAUUUGAGGAACCCCGACUCACCGCCCGUUGAGGAUUACACAAAAGAGCUGGAGAGCAUCGAAACCGAGUUGAGCCAAACCGAGACGGAUUUAAAACGGACCAAGCCACCGCGAGGUCGAAAUUUUUUGGACAAAUUCGCCAAGAAGCUUAGCGACGAGGACAAGCAGGAGUUGAUGGAGGACCCAGUUCAUUUCACUGAACAGAUCAAAACUCUCAAGGCCGUUCGUUCCAAGUAUGACAGCUAUCGUCGUCUUGAGGCUGAGCUGCCAUUGAUAACCAAGGACAUUGACUCGGCCUCGUCUCAGCGGGAGGAGUUGGUUCGCCGCCUGGAAGACCAAGAUCUCGCCUUCAGAGAGGCAGAGGAUAAGCGUCAAGAGGUUGAUGGACUGAGCAAGCACGUUCUCAAGAUCUCCCAAACGCACAAGGAUAUCAUCGAAGCUGAGAGGCAGGUGGAGAGGUCGCAGCAGUCGUCGAGCAUUGCGAUGCGGAGUCCCGACGAGAUCAACGAGGAACAAACCGCUUGCGCGGAGCAGACCCGAACGGCUCAGGCUAAGCUCAGUAAGCUCACCACCGAGAGGCAGCGCCUGAAAGAUCUAGCCGCCCAGCUUGAGGUCGAGAAGCUCGAGUUGAGGCAUAAGAUCAGCAGUGCCGUUCAGCAACUGGAGCGGAAGAAGAGCCUCCAAGACUCCAUUCGCAGAUACAAGGAAGAGCAGGGGCACCUGCGGGAAACCAUCCACGAGGCCGAUAAGGAAGUAGAGCGUCUUGAGCCAGAGAUUGCAAGUGCUCGUGCAGCGCUAGAGGAAGCUCGACAACAGGGGCGAGCUAAGGAACAAAAAGUCGCAGAAGAAAGAGACAGCAUCGCCACCACGUUCAGCGAGCUCAGGAUGGUCAGCACUGACAUCCAAGAGUACCUGGAUCGUGGUGGCCCUUCAAACCUGGCCUCAAAUCAACGGGCCAUUGCUACCCUAGAAGCCACGAUUACCAAUCUCGAGAGCGAGAUGAAAGACUUGACAGUCCAAAUCAACAAAUUGAAUAAGGAGAUCGACAAUAGCGACGCCAAGAAGAGGAAUAUCGCCGACAACCUGACCUACCGCAAGAACCUGCGUGAGUGCGAGGCUCUCGAGGAAGAAAUUAUCGAGCUCGAGUCUCGCAACGCCCAGGAAGACUACGAUCGCCUCACCCAGGAAGCCCGAUACCUCGAGACCCGCCGCAGCAAGCUCACCGCCGACCGAGAGCGCCUCGUGGGGACCUUGACGACCAAAGACGAAGAGUUCAAGCGGCUAGACGAAGAAUACCAGAUCGAGCUCAAGGACGCCAAGGCCAAGUACAAGGAAUCCCACAUUAAAGUCGAGACCACCAAAGCCGCCAUCGACGACCUUGGUCACGGUACCGCUGCCCUCGACCACGCCAUCAUGCGGUACCACUCCCUGAAAAUGGAAGAGAUCAACCGCACCAUCGGCGAGCUGUGGCAGAGCACAUACCAGGGCACCGACAUCGACACGAUCCAGAUCCGGUCCGACGUCGAAGCCGGGGCCGCGUCGGGCGGCGGCAAGCGCAACUACAACUACCGCGUGUCCAUGGUCAAGGGCGACACCGAGAUGGACAUGCGCGGGCGGUGCAGCGCGGGACAGAAAGUCCUUGCCUGCAUCAUCAUCCGUCUGGCCCUGGCCGAGUCCUUCGGCGUCAACUGCGGCCUCAUCGCCCUCGACGAGCCCACCACCAACCUCGACAGCGACAAUAUCCGCAGUCUGGCUGAAAGCCUGCACGGUAUCAUCAAGGCCCGCCGCUCGCAGAGCAACCUGCAACUGAUCGUCAUCACGCACGACGAGGAGUUUUUGAAACACAUGCAGUGCAGUGAUUUCUGCGACGACUUUUUCCGGGUUAGGAGAGACGAGAAGCAGAAUAGUGUAAUUGUGCGAGAAAGUAUCACGAGGAUCAUGGAGUAG